GGGAUGCUGCAGCCCCGUCCCCUUCAUAUCUCACUCCACCCAGCCCUAGAAUAAAAAAGCACCGGUGACGUGCGCGCAGGGAAGCAUCCAGCAGUAUGUGCGCGCCCACGGGAGGGGCCGAUAGAAAAUGGCGAGUCUGUGCAAAAGGCAGCAAUGCACGAUAGAGAGGCGCGGCUUUCGGCAGGAACUUGACUCUUGGAGGCACAAACUCAUUCACUGUGUAGGUUUUGAAAGCAUCUUGGAAGGCUUGUUUGGGCCGGGACUAGUCAAAGAUAUCACCCUUUUCCAAGACUGCGAGCCAGAAGAAGUGUCAGACUGGUCCUUUGAUGAAAGCUGUCUCUUCUGCUGCUUAAGACGUGAGAGAGUCAAGGAUCACGGCGUAGACAACGGUGGAGGCAGCCAGGUGCUGUCGGAGUGUGAAGACUUCAAACAGGAGCAGUCUCGGAUCAGCCGGCUGGAGAGACAGGCCCAAGACUUCCUCAAUGCUGUGUUCCACAAAAAAGACCUCCCAAGUUUCUCAGAACCUCACAUUCCUCUAGUGGCUCGUGAGAUCAUGCAGCGAAUGAUCCGCCAGUUCGCUGCCGAAUAUACCUCAAAAACUACUCAGGACGACUCGCCCCUGCCCAACGGCAUCAUGAAGGACCAAAGCCUGCCGAGAGCUGCGUUUCUGGCCCAGGCACCCGGCUCCCCGCCUGGGCCCCUGCCCGCCCCAAGUUCCCCUCAAUCGUCUGCCUCCUCCUCUCCAUCCCCCAUCCCAGGCCUCAGCCCCACCUCCGCCGCUGCUGCCGCCUCAGCAUCCGCCUGCAGCAACGGUACGGGAGUCACUAACGGGGUCGGAGCAGGAGGAACGGUUGUUGCCUCUGCACAGAAUCCUGUCCUCAGCAAGCUUCUCAUGGCCGACCAGGAUGGCCCGCUGGACCUCUCCGUCAAAAAGAACGACCAGGACGACCAGGAGCCCAGCCAGCAGGACGGCGUCCUGGACCUCUCCACCAAGAAGACCGAAAGCGCAGGCAGCCACAAAACCGGCUUCCCCCCUGCGCCUGGGGUCAAAGGACGUUCUCUCAAAGUGGAACAUACACUACCAGAGGUGGAUGAGGAGGAUGGUGUGCUGCAGAGAAGCUUUCAGGAUGGACGGAGGGCGAACUACACCAACUCUAACUCCUUCAAGCCCCCAUUGGCCCGCUCCCUGCGUAUCAAGGAAGAGCUCCUUAGCCAGAAGCACUGCCUACUGAGCCAGCCUGCUGCUCUUUCAUUGGCUAAUCUAGAGUCUGCUGGCUUGCUCAAUCAUGUGCAGUCCCAGUCCUUGCUUGGCCAGAAGGGUUCUUCCUCUUUCUGGGGAAGCAAGGCCCACCUUGAAAGUCUGUUGAAACUGAAGCAGGCCAGUGGAGCUCUAAGCGGGGCACUCAGUGACCUCAAAGACCUGCCGACAUUCCUGGAGAAUCACCACCACGGAGCCUUCUCUUACAAGAGUUCCCUCCAUCAUCAUCUUCACAAUCAGGUCUCCAAGGCCCAUCACCACCACAAUGACGGGAAGAGAGACCAGGGUCACUCACCUCCUGUUGACCUAAAGAUCCCCCAAGUUCGAGGCAUGGAUCUCUCCUGGGACUCCCAUGCCUCCGAGUUGUAUGGCUAUGGUGCCAUUGGGGUUGGGGGUGGUUGCCAUGGGGAGAACACCCUGAGCCGGAAGCUGAGAGCCAUCCUGCCCAAGCAAAACCGCCGGGGAGGUAGCCUUGGAAGCCUGUUGGAUGGGGCUGACUACUGGAGCACUGAUUUGGACCACUCUGGUUCUGGGCCAGCAUAUUCCACCUCUGAUGUUGAAGGCGACCCAAACUCCAAGCAACCAAGGAAGAAAAGGGGCCGCUAUCGCCAGUACAACAGCGAGAUCCUGGAGGAGGCCAUAGCAGUUGUGAUGGGUGGAAAGAUGAGUGUGUCCAAGGCUCAGAACAUGUAUGGGAUCCCACACAGCACCCUGGAAUAUAAGGUCAAGGAGCGCAUGGGAACCCUGAAGAACCCCCCAAAGAAGAAGCUCAAGCUGAUGAUGAAAAUGGAAGCAGGAGCCCAGGAUUAUCCUGCUGAGUCAGAGAACACACUCACCGCAACCCCACAAGACGACAGCCAGCCACUGGCAGCUGCUGAGCUCAAGGACAAUGUAAAAGAAGAAAUUGAUGACAAUUUCAACCCAAUCGACUAAACGACUUACACAUGAAAAACCUCAGUCUAAUGACUAAAGUAAUUUGAAAAACGGAUGUGGCUUUAUUUGUGCCAAUUUCCUUUGCAGUAUCUGGGUGAGCACAAAUGCAGGGAUAAUAUAAGGAGGAAUCUUAAAACAAACUGGAGAUAACAAAAAAGGAUGAUUUUUAACAAGCGUUGCUCUAGCAACAAUGUAUAAGCAUUUGUUUAGCCUUUGUGUCCAGGGGCUUAACAAAAACAGCUACAGACAUAAGUAAAUGACAAUUGAUUAAAUUUCCAUUAGCAUGCUGAUAAUCCCCUGCCCAAAUACAAUCCCCAUCUUUUGUGAACUCGAUACACUGAACCAUUGCUGCUUAUAAAUGCAGUAUGUGCUUUGGACCAUUCCAAUUCGGGGAAAAUGAGGGGAGGUUUAAGAUUAAUUCCUUGAAAAAAAUGACAAAUUUGUCCCUUUACUUCUCCCUUCUCCUAUGGAGUACUAGCUGAAAAUUGGUAAGUGAAUUGUCUAUUACAUUUGACUCCAAUUGUAAGGCUUAAUCAUACUAUUGAUAUUUCUUACCAGGGUUGUGAAUCAAAACCCAUACUCUUAUUGCCAGGUAGCCAUGACGCAUUAACUGCAAACCUUUUUUCCCUCCUUAAAAUGUUCUGCUUAUCUCUGUGCGGACGAAACAACAUUAACCUGUCCUUUUUGAAUGAGAAAAGACACACAAAAGUCAUUCAGGGAUGCAUGUUUGUGAGUUUCGUGGACACUACUGACUUCUAUAAUCAACAACUUCUCCUCAAUCUUUUAAUUUGAUUUAUUUUGCUUUCUUUUGCACUACACUCUGGGUCUGGCGCUUACAGACCAGGUUACCUCGGCAUUGUUGCCCUUGCAUCAUGCACUUAUUAUGGUCUGUCUCUGAAGCCCAGUCGCAUCCUCGCAAUGGGUCAGAGGAUGCACAUCGCCUGCAUACGUUGAUCCAUAAUCACGUCCCGCAGAGCUCCAAAACCCUCUUUUUUCCAAGGGAGAAGUUAAGGGGAAAUCUGAUUGUGGAUCAGCUGUAUAGCGAAAUGCUACCUCAUGGACCUACAUCAGUCGCUCACUGCUGAUCCUGGAAUGCUGGAGCCGCCUUCGGUUCCACAACAAAUGGCGACUGAAGUGAACUCAUCCCCUCAUGGAGAUCUUAUUGGAUGGAGGCUUUCUAGGAUCAGAUUGUGAAACUCAGCUGCUAUCCAGUUGAUCAUCAAGCUACUAUACAAAGCUUUAGCUAGCCUUAGCUAAAACGUUUUAGCUAGUCUUAGCUUACAGCAACAUAUUUCUGAUGUUUUUUUUUUCUUCUUUUCUAAUCAAACUAAGCAGAAGCGGCUUCACUAAUGAAUUUUUAAAGAAAGUCUUUUCCCUCAAACUCCACAGUUUUAAAGGCAGUUUAUUACAACAAUGUGCAUUUAUAAACGGGUGUUCAUUUUGGGAUGGUGGGUGGGCAAUAUGCAGUGGGAAGGGGUAGUUGAUUAAGGUGAGGGAAAGGCAGAUUUAAUAUAUUAUAAAUUAUUGUGACUGAUGACGUUAAAGCCAAUCUGUGAUUCUGGAUGACUUCUUUCUCCCCAUUUUAAACUCAGGGUAACUGAGACAGAUGAUGUGGGUUUCAAAUAUGGUAAUUUUCUGUUGGACCUAUAGACAGACAGGACGACAAGACAUGACCCUCCCUAAUGCUAUGUCUGCAAGAGCAGUCAUGUGAGCAAAUAUAGCAGCACCAUCGCAGACAGACCUGUUGAUGAAUCAUGAAAGAGAACAGAAAAUGCUGAUGUUGGGUUAGGAGCUAGAGCUUGUGGCGCUAAACUUCUAAAAUAGCACUUUCAAAAAUGUGAGAAAAAAACGAGAGAAAGAAGGCUGUUUGAGGUUAUGCAUGUAGUGUAGCUUUUCUCUGGGGGGGUAAUGGAGCAGGGCAGAGAGAUGGAAGAAAAAAAGCUUUAGUGUGAAGACUUUCGGAAAGCUGCAUCUCAGUCCCAUAUCCCCCUCCCCCUUGAUUACCAGAAUAGAAAAAAGAUUGACAGCUGGAACAACUAGAGUUUAGUUUAGCGUUGUCUCAUUGUUUCCCCUACCAUCGCCAAAGUACCAGGGAUAGAAAAACAAACAUCAUGUUUUACCUAGAAUCCCUGGGAGGACACAUGUGGAAAGAAAAGAAAUUGCUCUUUUGGUAUUUUCCAUCAGGAAAAAUUGGUUGUCAUGUCUUUGUUUCUUUUAUUGCUCUGUGGUUAAUGUUGCUUCUCGCUCCUGAUACUGCCUGGUGCUCACCCAGUCUUUGAGAUUUCUAAGAUGAGAACUGUACUUCUGUUCAAAUGAAAUUAUGAAUAUCCACUCCUUUUGAAUUGUAUUGUAAAUGUAUUUAUUUGAUUUUUUUUCUUUGAUUAUUCUCUUAAAAUGGCAUGCACCACUUUUUUGGCUGAUUUUGGGGGUCAGGCCAUUGAAUAGGCUAUUCUAUGUUGAGAGGAUUUAACACAAUUCCUCCUGAGCCUGAGAUUUUCAAACUAAUACAAAGUUAUGGAUGAAUCAUGAUCUAAUUAUAAUUAGAACAAUGUACUACCUGUGGCAUACAAUCUUAAUUUUUCCAUAUUUGGUUAUUGAUUAUCCCCUUAAGCUUUGUAGCUUCUUAAGCAGAUAAGCAUGUCCAAUUAAAAAAAGAAGCUUUAGGAAAGACCUCUGGAUCAUCAGUAUCUCUGAGGCUCAUCAUGCAUGAAAUGCGUCCAACACUUUGACAAUGCUGAGCAUUUGAAGUGUCUAAAAGGAUGUGGUGCACCUCAAGUUGGACCCAGCGAAGGACAAUGCACUGAUCUGAUAGUUAAAACAGGAUCAUAGUAUUAAUGGCAAAGCACUUCUUGUAACCAUGCUUUUGAUAAAUGGCAUGAUAGCUACUUAGUUAGCCAGCAAUGAAUAAAGUUUGAAAAAUGUAACUGUGUGCCCCCCCCCUAAAAAAGAACUCAACAAAGUCCUGGCCCUCUGCCUGUUCAAUGUAAAGCAUGAAUUUGUGAUUCGAACAAUUUAGAUUUGGUGUAGAAAUAGAAUAAUAGGCACUUAAUGCAAAGGUUUGUAUGAACUCCAACAGCACUUAAGAUUGAAUUCCCCUAAGAGGGGUGAUUCUUUGGGGCCAAAUUCUCUGUCUAAAUUUAUACUAAUCUAGACGUAAUUUCUUACCCUUCAAGAAAUUCUUGACUCUUAUUGUACAUUUGUCAAUUGUUUAAACUUGCCAUUGCUUUUAAAAACCACUAAUGUAACAUUAUAAAAGAUUCCCAUUUUCAGCUUGAUCUUAUCUACUGAGGUGCAUGCCAUUUAAGGUAUAUUUAUUUCAUUUCAUUUGAUAUUUCUUGGGUUUUUUGAUUGUUUAUAGUCAUGUGGUUAACGGUUCCCCCUGUCCAAAAAAGUCCUCCUUCUUGCAACUGAGUCUCACUGCUGUUUUAAAGAAACCUCAUACUAUAUUAUAUACUUUAGAGAACAGUAUAUCUAUUCUCUAUCUAUCUAUUUAUAUACAUAUAUAUUAACAGAUACUCACAUCAUGAAUGUAGUGAACUGACAUGAAUAUCUCAAACUUACAUAACCAUUACAGUGAUCCUCCAAAAGAGGGCAUUGUCAGUUUCUUUAUGACAGACUGUUGUUCUUAUUCUUUAGCUUUCAGUUUUGACUUUACGCUGCUUGCAUUGAAAAUAGCCGUUUUCUGACGCGGGCGUGCGACAGUAGCCUUCAGUACUGUAAAUGUCUCAGGAUCGAGCCAACGGGAUGGGCAGCAAUAUUUGUCAGUCGGAAAAUGGCACAGACUUAACUACCUGUACUAGAUGUACUUAUAUAUACAGAAUAUAAACUAUAUGUCAACUUGGUCAGCCGGGACCAAGUGCUAUACCUCAAUCUCAGAAUAAUGACUCCUUUCCGUGCCUCGUACUUUUAUGUAGACCUUACCUGGGAGCCUGGCGAAGGGAUAACUGAUACUCUGGGAAAUAUAGUGUGCUCCGCUGUAUCUUUUAUUAUCUGUUCAUAUUUUUCUUUGUUAAACCUCCCUUUUGUGAAGGGCGGAGGGAGACGCUUCAAGUGUCUGACUGACCAAUAUUUGCAACCCUACCUCUUUUCAGGUAUUUUUGCGCAACAACAAAACCUUAUAGAAGUAUAUAUGAGCAACAGAUUGAGAAAAAGAAAGACCUGCAGGGAGUAUACAGCUAUUCCUGUACUUAGCACUGAAAGAGGUUGGUGUGGGAGGGCUACCAACCUCUCAUUUCUUUCUCUAAAAGUCAAAACAUUUUUGGAUUCACUCGUCUGGUUUCACCCUGGAGGCGAUCAGUCAGGUCAGUCACACCCUGGUCUGAGAACAAGGUCUUUUUUGUUCACUGUGCAAUUGUGUGUUUUAAGGUGCAACAAAACUCCAGGUUGAAACCUGACGGGGGGAUUUUUUUUUGUUGUUUUUUUCCUGCCUUGUUUAUUUCUCAAACUUAGAGGAAUCAGAGACCUAGAGGGGAGAUUGGGGGACAGGUGGACAAGUUAACCUUUCUUUAUCUGCUGUCUUGUAAAAGAAAAAUAUCCUAUCCAAAAUCUUUUACACUGCAUUCCAAAAAACACCCCACACACAGAAAAAUGUACCUUUAUAUGAUGAAAUUGAAAAAUUUAUAUACUUAUGAUAUAUAUGUAUUUAUUUUACUGUUUUUUGCAUCUUCAGGUAAACCAAUCUAUUUCUCGUUUGCUUUUUAGGUUGGUAUCUUAUUUAUUUUUUAUUUCUUCUGAGUGACAGACUGUCAAAAAACGUUGUAAAAAUUAUGAAAAAAAAUGUCUAACAGCAACUACUGUAACCUCACUGAGUAGGCGCCACAUGAUGUGCCAUUUACUUUCAUGAUGGUGUGAUGCUAUGGGCUACCAGGCAAGAAAGACCCAACAAUGUAUAUGAUUGCCAUGCUCCUCUCUGCGCAGAGGCUUCUUCUGUUUCUUUCUGUGUCUCACGCUGCGUAUCUGGUUGUCAUUUUUACCUCAGGUCUGACCACUUCAAAGCAGCUGAUUGUACACUAGAAACACAGACACACACACACACACCUACACACACAAACACACAAGGAAGAAUCAGGAUUUUUAGUACAGCUCGUUUGCAGUUUUUAAAUGUAACCGACGGAAGCAGUUUUUGAAUAAUUGUCGUUUCUUGUUGUUGUCGUUGUUCGUACUGUUGUUAUUCUGAUGACACCUUCUUUCCCUUUCUUUGUUUUCUUAUAAAGGAAAAGAUAAAUUCUUAAAAAGCCAGAAGCCAAGUUCAUAUGAAUACAAAGCUGUAUUAUCUCUAGCACAUACAGCCGUGGAAGAGCAGAACGCACACGUACACAUAAAUAGAGACAUGACGCACCUACAGCAACAAACUCUCUCUCUCUCGCUCUCUCCUCAUCAGGUAGCCACACUUUGUGUGGGCGGGUUAUAUGUAUAAUUAUGAAGCUGGGAGUCUGUAGCUUCUCUUUUAGAAGCAGGUGGGUGUGUUUUGUCCACAGCCUGCAGAACAUCAGCCCCGCUGGCUGAUUUUGAUCUGGCACACCGGGACUCUGCAGGCAAUGCCUCUGUGAAAAUCACUUUGUCUUGUUUCUUGCUUUCAACAAAGACUGUUUUUCUUCCUCUUUUUUUAUAUCGGCCUAACAAUUGUUUUGUUAAAGGACAAAUCCUCCCCUCAGUUGUUCUGUGAUGUUCUUAGCAUUCCAGCGGUUGUUUUUUUUUCAUCUUCCUCUCUAGUUGCCUGGUCUAUCAUAAAUUGGAUUUUAAAAACAAAACAAAACUACUAGCUAAAGAAAGAAAUGAUGAAGGAACACAGAUUUGCUGUUUCUAUAGUCAGGAUGCUAAAUCCAUGUCUGAGAAACAACCUGGUGUGUUUUGGAUGGAUUUCUCUUUUAACAUGUUACAAUUGUACUUGUGUGUUGUAAGUCUUGCCAUGCUGUCUUAUUAUUAUUUUUUAAAUAUCUUUCAGACAUUUGUCAAAGAGACGCUAACAGAUCUGUUAAAAUGUACAUCUCCUCUGUUAUGGAGUGUGAUGCCCGGAGUUGUAAAUGUCAAGGUAUCUGAGAAGACAUGUCAAGCUCAGUGGCUUAGUAGCAGUCUGGCUUGGAAAGCAAAGUUGAAUACUGGUCUUAAAGGCCAGACACACCUCUGGAACAAUGCUGAUCUGCUGACACAACAGGCACUGAAACUGCCUUCGGUUAUAAUUACCCUGAAGAGAAAUUUGGCUGGGGCUUUAACUUAAUCCUUGCUCUGUACAUAGCUGACACUCCAUCCAGAGCACUGGUCAGUCUCAACUUGCUGUAAGUGAAAGAUUAGCUUAUCUAGACAACGUAAACAUGGCAUGCUUGUAUUGGGAAAUCACCACACGUAAUUACAGCCCUGUUGAGACAUUUUUCAUAGCUUUUGAUUUUCAAGCUAUGAUUAGGGCUCUUAAAUCUACAACAAGAACCAUGCUUAACCUGUUUACUCACAUUCAAUCUGACUUGCCACCAAGAAUAAUUGAUUAUAUAUUUGUUAUUCUUCAAUCAGUGGAAUCAAGAGUGCCUUUGAAGACUCUAAUCAUGUUCUCAAAUCUAAUAGGGUUGGUUUCUUAAUCGCAUAUAACCGCCCGAGUGUAAUCACAGAGCGGCUACUUCAAGAACAACAUACAAAAUGUCAUGUGAGAUUCAGGUCAAAUUUGUCGGCUUAAAUUCCCAGCCCCCCGUGAUUAUGUUUCACUGGGAAAAAAGAAUCACAGGCAGACAUUUUCUCACAUUGUUUGCUCUUGCCUCUGAUGAGACCAUGUUGUUGGCGUACGUCACACCCUCCGCCUCGUCAGAAAACAUUUUGCAGAUGAUAGAAAGACAGAUUGUCAGUCAGACAUUGCCAUCUGAGGAGGUGGAUGGGAGAGCGAGGAUUAAAUCUAAGUGAAGCACAGAAGAAUAAAGACUGCUGAAGGUCAGCAUCCCCAUCCCCACUGCACAGUUAAACAACAGGCUUUUAAUGGAAUGAUGCUGAAAUUCACCUUGCAAACGAACACUACCUCGGCACAUAGCUUUUAUGAUUUAAACGUACUGUGGUUGAUCUGAAACUCCACUUAGAGAAAGAAAAAGGGAUUAUUAGCGACAUAAUUUCAGACCUGAUGUUGAAGGUUGAAAAUACAUUUUCAGAAAAUAAAAGCAUGAGCUCUGUAAAGUAAAUCUUGUCAAAAGGCCCUGCGAUCGAGUGCAUUUCAUCAGGUGCCCUUGUGUGUUGCCAUGACAAUCUUGCAGCAUUGUUCCCAUGUGGUGUUUUGUCUGGCCCUUUAAAGCCACCUCCAUGGACCAGCUGGUCUCUGAUGCUCUGAAGCCAGAUCUAGCUCAGCUAACACUGCUUGUUCUCCUGCUUAUGCACACAAUAAUAUAGAUUUUGGUUCAAAACCAGAAAAUUUAGCUGAUUGCAUCUCAUUGCAAAAAAAAAACCACUCGUAGACUCCAGAUGCCGCUUUGAGUGUCAGUUCCUCAGGCUUUGUUGUGAGCAUUUUCAAAAGAAUUAUGUUCAAAAGCAGGCAAUUUUCAAAUGUCUUUGUCCAACACUGGCAAACAAAUAUCUACCACAAAAUGUCUCUUAUUCUCUUCUCAUAUUAUUUCCCUUCUUUUUACUUCUAGCUGAUGUUUCACUCUUUGUUUUGCUCCCUUUUGUAUACAUGCAAGGGCAUCUGGGAAGAAGUGUUUAUCCUUUUCUUUGCUUGUUUCUGAGAUUCUCUCUGCUGCUUCUGCUACCUCAUUCUGCCACAAGGACUUGACAGUUUCAAAAAGUUGGUGGGAAAACUAAAGCAUCAUUGGGCCUUAUAAGUUCUGAAUGGUUCUAAUGGAAGUUUAAUGAAGUGGAGAGAACACAUUGAUUGUCUGCCGACCAUUUUGGUUUCCCGUUUUGUGCUUCGCUCUCAGAAAUGUGUCAGAUCUUGAUUGUUCUGUCACUCAAAAGUGUGAAGUUUCUGGAGAUGCAUCGUGAUUGCUGAUGCACUGCUUGAAGUGGCCAGGUGGGGCCACAAAUCAUCUUCCACACAUCUGUAAACACUGUUGGAUUUUAUUGUCACUUUCUUUGAUGAAAAGUCGUAAACCCCUUUCCUUCACCUUCGCCCCCUAACUAUUUGUCAUCCUCACAGCGUCCAUGGGUACUGGGGCGUGAGCGCUGUGGGGCUGACAGGCCCUUGUUUAUCUCAGGAGAGAUGGGGUGUUCUGCGGCAGCCCCAGGUCUUUCACCUCUCAUUAGACCUCCCUGCCAUCUCUUGGGAUUGUAUACUUGACCCAAAGGCACCUGAACACGGUCUUCCCUCCAACUUUCCCCUUUUUUUCUUUUAUCUUUUCACAGAGGAUUUGCCAUGCUCUCCCCUGAUGAGGAACUUAUAGAUUUAAAUUUCUUAAUACAGGGCUUCAGGUUUUUCAGGGUGGUCAUUAUCCUCUGCAAUACUGAGAACUGUUUCUAGAAAAAAACAUAAACAUAUAUGAAAAUUUCAUGAACCCGCUCCACAAGAGAUUCAAUAUUUCAAAGGUUUGGCCGUUAAUGUUGUAUGAUGUCUCCGAUCUCUUGUUUUGAUGUUUCGAGGUAACUGGCUCGGGCUUGACUUUUAUUUUCUGUGUAGAAAAGUGGAAAAUAUCAAGAAAAAAAAAAGGCUAAUGACUGGAUUUGUGUUUUGUCAUAAUUUCUAUCUCAUUGCUGUGAUCCUCUUGUAGCUUCUUUUUGCAGUCUUUCAGGUUUUGACAUUUGAGCUUUUGAACUUAGGUGUUUUUGAAGACCAAGUACCUUUCUCUGUUACCUAUCAGUUGUGAAGUCUACACUACAUGCAGUUAACCACAAGAGCUGGAGUUGUUAUAGUCGAGGAGCAACACUGGCUAAUGAGCAAUGAUUGAUAGUCAGGUCAGACUGACCUAUACUUGGUGAGCGGAUAUGGGAGUUCAGGCCUCAGAAAGCAGGCUUGUGAGUAUAGAAGAUGAAGUGUCAUGCAGAUUAUUCCCUCUUCUAAAAGAGAAACUACUCAAACUUUUUUGAGGAACACCUUGGAUUCAUCUGGCUGAAGUUGACACUUGAAAGCCAGAACAUCAUCACUUAAAAGGAUCUUAGAAAAGCCUUUUUGUUAUUUUUAACUGAACUGUACAUUGUUUUCAGCCAAAUGCUUUUUCAGUGCUUUAUAAACAGCAAGGAUUGUAAAUACUAAUAACUCUUUUUGGAGGAGGCUCAUGCAGAGCUUACUUUACUUUCCACCUUGUGGAUCCUCUACAGAUCUAAAUAAUAAGACUUGGACUGUUGCCUUCCUGGAAGUGCAAAUUAAGGGAAACAGAGUGCUUUGACCUUAAUCUGCUUUUAGGAAAGUAACGCUGAGUGUUUGUUCUUUCCGUCAGUCUUUCAUAAUGUUUUCCAUCUUGGUGUUUCUUGGUGGCAAAAAUAUAAAGAAGAUGAAAAAAAAACCUUACAACACAGAAUACCUCAGAAAAGAUAUCCAUGUAA